AUGGUUCGUGGAUACUCCCUCGCCGAAGACUUGAUCUUAUUGAUUAAUAAUCCUCAAUACGGCGAUCUAAAAAUUAAUUGUGAAGACGGUGUUCUUCACGGAAAUCGCGCGAUUCUUGCAGCCCGUUCAGACUUUUUCGAUCGAUUGUUGUAUAACGGGAUGAAGGAAUCCUUCGAAGAACAAGUAUCAUUUCCGGAUGUGAAGAUCUCAGUGAUGAUGUUCAUCUUCACCUAUUUAUACACUGGAUUAGUCGGCGAAGAUACCUUGUCCGUUGAUACUGCAUUCGAUAUUUUUCAAGCGGCAGAUUAUUUUCAAUUAGAUAAUCUUAAAGGGUCUAUCCUUGGCUAUUAUGAGAAGAUUUGUCAAGAGGAAUCUAAUGCACCUGAAUUGCUAACAAAAGUAAUUCAGCACCUGUCAUCAUCGGCGGAAAACGCAAUCGUCGACUUCCUAGUUAAAUCAGUCGCCAGAAUUCCUUUAGAUACCAUUGAAAUCGGUCGACUAUCUUUCGAAGCGCUGCAAUACUUACUCUCCAAAACAUGUGAAGAGAAUAUUUUGAUCUCCAAUGGAUAUUCCAUCCUACGCUAUGCAAUUUUAUUAUCAGCGAAAGAGGAGACCCCAGAAGCGUUUUCUGUUUUAAAGAAAAGAUUGCCAAAGUGGAAGAAAAUUGAACACGGAAUGGAUAUUCGUUGUUGGAUGAUGCCUGAUAUUUCGAAUGCUCGUGCUUCUAUUGUCAAUAAAUUGGCAUCUUUAAUCGAAUUCAUUGAUCUUCGAAAUGUCGAUGGAAAUGUUCUUACAGAUGUUAUCGAACCUUUGGAUUUAAUUACGCCUGCAAAUAUGAUGAAAGCUUAUCGUUUUCACACUCGUCACAGAAUAUCAUACUCUCGUAGGGAUAUUAAGUGGGAUAAGAAUGGUUGCUGGCCAGAUAUAUCCGUUAGCUUAGAUGGGCGUGCUAUAAGCAGUAAAUCCAAGGGUUAUCAAAGUGUCCGAACUAAUUAUCUGAUGAGCAGUGGGAUUCACGAACUUUGUAUUUUAAUCGACAAAAUUAGUUAUGACGAAGGGAUUGGACUAAUCGAUGGGUCUAACGGGGGUAGGAUGGGCAUAGGAUUCGCAGAAACCGCCGAAGCAGAAGAUGCACAAGGUGUGAGAAAAGAGGAGGAAGUAGAGUCAAAAUUUGAACCUGAAGAGUAUGAAGCUGUGAUGGGAGAACUGGGAACGGAAGUGGUGACGGGUGUAAAAUUUGCAGGAAAGGUGUCAAAAGAGGAAAUAGAGGUAUCCUUAUCGCCAUAUGGGCAUAGUCCUAGAAAUUGA